AUGUGCCAGUUCAGCGGAAAUAAUGAAGAUGGAUUCAUGGAUCGGCUGAGUGUUUGGGAGUUGAAAGAUGAUCAGGUCGAUAACGAUAGCAAUUGGCAUUUAGUACGCAGAAUUUCCCUGAACGGGAUGUUUUCACAAAAUCCAGUGAUCAUGAAAUGGAGAGAUCAGGGCUGCUGGCGCGAUGAGAUAAUGUUGCUUGCUUUCGACCCAAAUGAUGAUGAUAUCUUGUACAGGGUUGUGCGUAUAAUUCCUGAAUCUCCAGGGGUUUCCUUCCAAUUCAAAGCAGAGAUCUUCUCUUCUGAGACUGGUAAAUGGACAGAAACAAUUGUGUUAUGCCCAAGAAGCUUCUAUCUGGCUGUAAGACAUGAAGGCGUUGCUUACAAUGGAAUGUUGUACUGGAUGAGCAGUAGUGCUGGCUCUCUUAUUGGUUUGGAUCCCUACUCAAACAAAAAUGUUGAUAAAAAAUAUAAUUGUCGUUUCAUUGAUAAUCCUGAAGAUGAUCAGGUCCCUGUCACUGCAACAUUUGAUCUCCCAAGUGUGUGUAGAGUUGGAGGAGGAGGAGAGCGUCUGCGAAUGUGCCAGUUCAGCGGAAAUAAUGAAGAUGGAUUCAUGGAUCGGCUGAGUGUUUGGGAGUUGAAAGAUGAUCAGGUCGAUAACGAUAGCAAUUGGCAUUUAGUACGCAGAAUUUCCCUGAACGGGAUGUUUUCACAAAAUCCAGUGAUCAUGAAAUGGAGAGAUCAGAGCUGCUGGCGCGAUGAGAUAAUGUUGCUUGCUUUCGACCCAAAUGAUGAUGAUAUCUUGUAUGUAGAUUUUAUUGGACACGUUGUCAUGUUCAACAUUAAUGAUGGAGGAAGGAUAACGUGUUAUUUGAGCACUCCGCGUAGCUAUGGUACGAUUCAGAAUCACCAUAGGAGAGCUGUCUUCCCAUUUGUGAUCCCAUGGUGGCCGACUCCAGUAACUACGAGACAAAAACAGAGCUUGAGUUCAAACCACAUGUAG